AUGAACGAGACAGAAAAUAAGCCUCAUGAUCAGUUUGUAGUCCAUUAUGUCAUUCCAUCUUUGGAAAAUCGACACUUUACUGGUCGUGAAUCCACGCUGGAUGAGCUUAAGGAGAAGCUAUUUCUGGAACCGAAUACGGAAAGACUAGCGCUAUUUGGACUAGGUGGCAUCGGCAAAACCCAAGUUGCUCUUCAGCUUGCCCGGUGGGUGAGGGCGCAUAUACCAGACUGCUCAAUUUUCUGGGCUCCUGCCCUGAGUCUCGAGAGUUUUGAGCAGGCUUGUUCGCAAAUCGCGAAAGAGCUGCAAAUCCCUCCGAAUGCAGACGGUGAAAGUGCGAUGGAAUCAGUACAGCGACAGCUAAGCUCUGAUAAAGCUGGAAAGUGGCUUUUCAUUGUCGAUAAUGCCGAUGACGUGGACAUGCUUUUCGAUAAGCUUGAUCAGUACUUCCCCGCUAGCAACAACGGCGUUACUUUGCUCACUACUCGUUCCCGCGAGGUGGCACUGUCAUUCGCAGGAAGGGACAUAGUUGAGCUCCAAAAGAUGACAACAGAGGAAGGGAUCGCUUUUCUUACUAGAAUUGUAGGAGAAGACUCGCUUUGUGACCAGCAGUCCACAAUACAAUUAUUAGAGGAGCUAAACUUCUUACCUCUAGCUAUUGUACAGGCAGCUUACUAUAUUUGUCGAAAUGGUGGAACGGCCACACGAUAUCUUCAGCUUAUGCAUAAAACCGAAAAAGAUCGGAUGCGUCUAGCGAGCAGGGAGUUCCACGAUAGCACUCGAUAUCGUAGACUGGCAAACGCGGUGGCCACCACAUGGCUUAUCUCAUUUAAUCAGAUUGAAGUCUCUGAUCCCUCUGCUGCUGAUUUAUUAGGAUUUAUGUCUUACAUUGAGCCAAAGGCAAUCCCGCGAUCUAUUCUCCCCACCCUCGAUUCAGAAGAGGAGAUGGACUUUUCAAUUGGUACGCUGUGUAGCUAUGGAUUUCUCACCAGGAGGGACGAUGGAAAUAUGUUUGAUGUGCAUAGCCUAGUACAGCUAUCAACUCGAAUGUGGAUAACAGACGCACGGAAGACACAACAAAUCAUCGCGACCUUGACGCGACAUAUGGACAAGCGUUUUCCAUCUGAUGAAUACAAACAUCGUGACACAUGGAGAAUAUACCUACCACACGCUCUUGAGAUUCUCAGACGAGAGGAAAGUCAAGAUUUGAGUGAAAGAUAUACCUUACUUUCCAAAGUUGGAAAAUGUCUUCUAGCCGAUGGCCGAGCGAAAGAAGCGGUUAGUAUUUUUGGGAAUGUGUGUGCAUGGAAUGAAAGUCACUACGAUGAAGAACAUCCCUCUCGACUGGCAUCUCAGCACGAGCUCGCAGGGGCAUACGAAUCCAACGGACAGAUCAAGCAGGCCGUGGAGCUACUUGAGCAUGUGGUCACAGUGCGAGAGAGAACGCUAGAUGAAGAACAUCCUGAUCGACUGGCAUCUCAGCACGCGCUCGCAGGGGCAUACAAAUCCAACGGACAGAUCAAGCAGGCCGUGGAGCUGCUUGAGCACGUGGUCACGGUGCGAGAGAGAACGCUAGAUGAAGAACAUCCCUCUCGGCUGGCAUCUCAGCACGCGCUUGCAGGGGCAUACGAAUCCAACGGGCAGAUCAAGCGGGCCGUGGAGCUACUUGAGCACGUGGUCACGGUGGAAGAACGAACGCUGGAUGAAGAACAUCCUGAUCGACUGGCAUCUCAGCACGCGCUCGCAGGGGCAUAUGAAUCCAACGGACAGAUAAAGCAGGCCGUGGAGCUACUUGAGCACGUGGUCACGGUGCGAGAGAGAACGCUAGAUGAAGAACAUCCCUCUCGGCUGGCAUCUCAGCACGAGCUCGCAGGGGCAUACGAAUCCAACGGACAGAUAAAGCAGGCCGUGGAGCUACUUGAGCAUGUGGUCACAGUGCGAGAGAGAACGCUAGAUGAAGAACAUCCCUCUCGACUGGUAUCUCAGCACGCGCUCGCAGGGGCAUACAAAUCCAACGGACAGAUCAAGCAGGCCGUGGAGCUGCUUGAGCACGUGGUCACGGUGCGAGAGAGAACGCUAGAUGAAGAACAUCCCUCUCGACUGGCAUCUCAGCACGCGCUCGCAGGGGCAUACGAAUCCAACGGACAGAUCAAGCAGGCCGUGGAGCUACUUGAGCACGUGGUCACGGUGGAAGAACGAACGCUGGAUGAAGAACAUCCCUCUCGACUGGCAUCUCAGCACGCGCUCGCAGGGGCAUACGAAUCCAACGGACAGAUCAAGCAGGCCGUGGAGCUACUUGAGCACGUGGUCACGGUGGAAGAACGAACGCUGGAUGAAGAACAUCCUGAUCGACUGGCAUCUCAGCAAGUACUCGCAGGGGCAUACGAAUCCAACGGACAGAUAAAGCAGGCCGUGGAGCUACUUGAGCACGUGGUCGCGGUACAAGAGAGAACGUUGGAUGAAGAACAUCCCUCUCGACUGGCAUCUCAGCACGCUCUCCAACGCAUAAAGAAGUCGAUCAAAGUCGCGACCAUGGAGAACAUAUUCUCACCACCCCCCUUGGAUAUUGAGUAUUAG